AUGCGCGCCAGAUCCUCCUCCAUCUUCCUCACGCUAGACUUCAACAUUGAGGACCGCAGCUGGAACAUUCUGGCCGAGGAGGCUUCGCUUAUGUAUUCCGACCUCCAAGGCUCACGAAUGAGCCCGCGCACAGCUUUGGCGAUGGGGUUUCCACACCGGGAAGGCACUGUGAAAGAUGACCUCUCCUAUAGCAGUGCCAGCCACAGCUCGAUGAAGUCGAAUCCUCGUCCCAUCCGCGCGGCGCCCGCACCAGCGAACUCUUCCAGACUAGCAGGCAUGGACACUCAGUCCUCUUUCACGUACCCUCGUCGCACUGGACAAGAUGUGGAUUCCUUCUUGACGCGAGAGAGUCAUUUAUCAGACCGUGAGUCGUGUAUCAGUGAUGCCGCGCUCUCCUCGUACUCGUACUCGGGGGCUUCCGUUGAUCUCACGCUGGCGUCAACAACCACCUCCCCUCUCGUGCAUCCAUUUUUGACCUCUCCACCCUUACGACCUUCGAUGCUUUCGCCAUUUCAAAGUGCCUCUGGCGGCUAUACAGCGCAACAGAUCGAUAAAUGGUGCAUGGACAAUGAUCCCAGCAGCAACCUGUAUCAACAAAGCACGAUAUACCCGGUCGUGGACUCUCUUGCCAUGCCGUCGACAGGUUACCCUUCGGGUCACUAUUCCACCUUUGAGGAGGACCUCUCAGAUGAGCCGCAAUGGCCACCUGUCGUACCCAGUCGCCUUCCUUCAAGGUCUGCCAUUCAUUCCAACACAACACACCAUAUUACUGCCGCUCCGACUGCCGCUCCGACUUCCGCCAUCACCACGUCUACAACAGGCCAGUCAGUCGAUCAAGACUUCCUCUCUCCAUCUCUCGAAUCUCAUUCCGUUCUCAGCUCUUCUCCAGCUCCUACUGUUCUCUCGGAAUUCGAGCCCUUUUCUUCCUCCGGCCAGCCAUCUUCACCAUCUUCUAACCCAAGCGAUCUCUCUCACUACGGAAUUCCCGCCGGAGAAGGGGUCUGGCGAUGUGCACACCCGGGAUGCACUUCACAAGCCCUGUUCCGACGUGGAUGCGAUCUUCGCAAGCAUUUCAAUCGUCAUCGGAAACACCUCUUUUGCCGCUACGAUGGGUGCCCGCAAUCUACACAGGGCGGGUUCUCGAGUAAAAAGGACCGGACCCGCCACGAGGCGAAGCACAACCCUGGUGUCAUUUGCGAGUGGGACGGCUGUGAGCGAGUGUUUAGCCGUGUGGAUAACAUGAAAGACCACGUCCGACGUAUUCACCGCCGUAAGGCGAGUCGAUGA